UUUGUGUUGCCUCUUCAUUGCUAACCGUCACAAACAAGACAAGUUUUAAGAUUUUAUUUAUUUUUAGACGACUGCUCAAACAACUAGGAACAAUAUUUUAAUUUAUACAGAGCUAUAUUUAUUUUUCGUUCACUCAUUUCAAAAAAUAUGUUAUCUGUUUCGUGUAUAUCUAAAUGAAUGUUAGUUUAAUCAAAGUUGUCAAAAGACGAUUGAAAAACGUUAGUUUUAACAUAUUCAAAUUCUUUAGUUACGGAAAAGGAAUUUAAAUUACAGAGCAUGUUUCAUUAAGUAACAAACUGUGCAAUUAGGUGUGAACAAACUUCUUGGUCGAUCAGACAAAUGCCAAACUUUGAUAAUGCCAUCAAUUAAUAUUCGAUCAUGGGUCAGUUCCCUUGUACGUACACAGUACUAUUUAGUUAAUAAUUAACUAAGGUGAUUAAAUUAUUUAAAACACUCAUAAUUACACGUCAAUAUUAUUUUAGUCAUUAAGAUUUUCUCUCCAUCUGCCACUAUAAAUAAGAGAUGUUAUAUCACCACCAUAUCUCAAACCAUGGAGCUGAAAAUCGCUCCACCAGUAACCUCCGGCUCACUUACCUUCAAGGUGAACCGACGGGAGCCAGAGUUAGUAUCCCCGGCCAAGCCAACACCGAGAGAGCUCAAACUCCUCUCCGACAUUGAUGACCAAGAAGGACUAAGAUUCCAUAUUCCCUCUAUCUUUUUCUACAGACACAACCCCAAUGUUUACUCUGAUCCGGUCGCAGUGAUUCGGAGAGCCCUGGCCCAGACGCUGGUCUACUACUAUCCGUUAGCCGGUAGGCUCCGAGAAGGACCGAACCGGAAACUUGCAGUGGACUGUACAGGCCAAGGCGUCUUAUUCAUAGAGGCAGAUGCUGACGUUACACUAGCUGAGUUUGAAGAAAAGGAUGCUCUUAGUCCUCCUUUCCCUUGCUUUGAAGAACUUCUCUUUGACGUAGAAGGUUCAAGUGAGGUUAUCAACGCACCUUUGAUUCUUAUCCAGGUCACGCGUCUGAAAUGUGGCGGGUUUAUCUUCGCCAUCCGUCUCAACCACGUAAUGGCCGACGCUGGAGGUCUCUCACUCUUCAUAAAAACGAUUGGCGAGUUCGCACGUGGAUGUCACGCUCCAACGAUCCCUCCCACAUGGGAACGUCACCUUCUAAGCGCCAGAGUCCCGCCACGUGUGACACAAACGCACCGCGAGUACGACGAAUCGGCAGCAGCCGAUGCAGAACCCGUCAUUGGAGACGGGGAAACUCUUGUCAGCAAAUCAUUCUUCUUCGGCGGCGCAGAGAUGUCAGCCAUACGGAAGCUCCUCCCACCGGACAUCGCCAACCGCAGCACCGGUUUAGAAACGCUGACGGCGUUCCUGUGGCGUCAACGCACCGCCGCUCUACGACCCGACGCGAACAAGGAGAUGCGAGUCAUAUUCAUCGUCAACGCGCGUCCCAAGCUCAAAAACCCAACGUUACCUCGAGGAUACUACGGAAACGCGUUUGCGUUCCCAGUCGCAAUCGCAAACGCCAGAGACCUAACGGAGAAACCGUUAGAGUUCGCUCUGAGACUAGUGAAGGAAGCUAAAGCGAGCGUGACUGAAGAGUACAUGCGAUCGCUUGCGGAUCUUAUGGUGACUAAGGGGAGACCAAAGUUCUUGGCGGACGGAGCCUACUUGAUAUCUGACGUGAGAAACUUUGCGGAUAUCGAUCUCGGGGUUUGGGGUAAACCGGUUUACGGAGGGAUCGGUAAGGCCGGGGUUGUGGACUCUCUGGGGUCUAGCUUCUACGUUUCGGCUGAGAACAGGAAAGGUGAGAGAGGGAUUCUUGUGCCGGUUUGUUUGCCGGAGAAGGCGAUGCAGAGGUUCGUGGAAGAGCUUGAGGCCGUGUUUAACGGUCAGUCUGUUGUGUCCAGUGGAGGAAACAAAAUCUAUCGUAAACUGAUCAUGUCUUGUCUGUAAAAUAUAGUAAUGAUUUAAGUGUAAGAUUUGUUAAGGAGUUCUCCACACUCAAAGUUAUUUCCGACAGUUUAAUGCU